AUGGCCUUGUUUUCUGAAGCAGACACUGUUAAAACCUUAAUGCUUGCGUGGAAUCCUUCACAGCAUAUUAAGGUUUCAGAAGCGGACAUUAGACAGGGAGUUGACACAAAACGAUCGGUAUUAUCAACAAUUGCACAGAUUUAUGACCCAAUUGGGCUCAUAUCUCCAAUAUCUGUAACUGCAAAAUUGAUAAUGCAGGAGUUGUGGAGGCAAAACCUUGGUUGGGAUGAGACUUUGUCACGAGAGUUACAAGAUAGGUGGAAUCUUUUUAAGGUUCAUCUCUCUGAUCUAGAGAAUCUCAGUAUUCCUCGAAAUAUUUUUAAGUCGAUUCCGGUGACUAUUCAAUGUCACGGAUUCUCAGACGCCUCAUUGUAUGCAUAUGGUGCCUGCAUUUAUCUACGGGCAACAUAUGCAGAUGGCACUUUGUCAUCAAGGUUACUUUGUUCAAAAUCGAAAGUAGCCCCAUUAAAAAAUGUGACGUUGCCUCGGCUAGAAUUAUCUGCGGCUUUGCUCUUAGCAAAGUUAUUUAGGCAGAUGAUGACGAUCACAAAAAUUCCCAAUUUCGGAGUCGUUUCUAUGGUGUGA